AUGCGUCAAAAAGGAGUAUAUCCAUACGAUUACAUGGACAUUUUUGAGAAAUUUAAUGAUCCAAAACUACCAACUAAAAAAGAUUUUUAUAGUAUGCUUACUAAUACCGGGAUCACAGAUGAGCAAUACCAACAUGCCCAAAAAGUAUGGUCUACAUUUAGACUACAGAAUAUGGGUCAAUAUCAUGACUUGUAUUUGAAAUCAGGUGUUUUACUAUUAGCAGACGUAUUUGAGAAUUUUAGAAAGACAUGUUUAGAAAACAUUGAACUUGAUCCAGUACAUUAUUUUACGACACCAAGCCUUAGUUGGGAUGUUGUGCUCAAGAUGACGGGCAUUAAACUAGAAUUGAUAAAUGAUAUUGACCAAUAUCAGUUUAUCAAAAAAGGCAUGCAUGGAGGAACAAGUUAUAUUGCACAUCGAUAUGGUGAAGCUAAUAACAAGCAUAUGUCUAAUUAUUAA